CUUUUCCUCUCACACACCACACCGUGGCAGGUGGCCUCUGCCCAGAUCAGUAGCUGUGGUAGAAGCCAUCUUAACAGACUCACUGAGGUUUGAGCUGAGGUUUGGAUCCUCCCUGACUGUUUGAGCGCGAGCAGAGUUAGGAGAGCUAGAGCUUCACUUUCUUUCUCAGUGCAGAGAGAUCGCACGCCAGGCACGAGGCUCCCCACUCCUCCCCUCUCCCACUCUGCCUUUUCCUGGGCUCCCGUCCAGAGAAUGACUGGCUUCAGUGGACCCAAGAGGAGCAACGCAGCCUGAGGAUACAGUACAGCAGCUCCAGCCCUGCCUGCCUGCCUGCCUGCUGGGACACACAAAUGCACUGAGGUUUUACAAAUCAGCUCCAACACCUUUUGUGGGAUUCAUAAUCUUGAUUUUUUUUUCUCUGUCAUCACAUCAGAAAGAUUGGAGCUGGGCAUACAGACAGACAAACAAACAGACGGACAGACAUAUGGACAGAGAGCAGUGGGUACUGCGGCGUGAAUCUAGCAACUGGACUUCUCUUCUCCCUGGUUACUAAGACCAAACAAGGAUAACAACCAGAGCACUAUCCUGUCCACCCAAGCAGUGGGUGGAUGCAGCUUUCAUCACACUGCUAUAGGGGAAAGCAGAGACUGUAUAUAAGCUGCAGAGAUCUAGUUGAUCCACAUUGUGGUGAUAGUCAGAACAUGGACUGUUACCUCCAAAUGGACUUUUCUUGGAUUUCUAUCUGUCAUUAAACAUUGUUUGCAGGAACUUGCAGGGCAAAGACUUUCUUUCUUUUCAUGGACUUUGCUGGCCAUGCUGAGUGGACUUGCAGGAUUUCUGUGUGAAGGUGAUCGUGGAGUGUGUGUUUCAAUGAGGAUGGCAGAGUGUGUAAGGACUGUGUAUCUGACAAUGAUGCUGCUGUAUCUUGUUCUGCUGGGCACGGCUCACACAGCCCACAGCAUCUACCCAAGGAUACGUCUCUCUCACAAAGAGCUUUGGCAGCUGAACAGGACCUGGGUGUUCCAGGGACAUGGAGCGUCACUUCAGCCCCAGACUAUGCUGCUGGAUGAGGGCCAUGAGAGGCUUUAUGUUGGGGCCAAGAAUACUCUGUUCUCCCUUAGCCUGGACCGGGUUAACACACACCACAGAGAGAUCCAGUGGGCCAGCACAGAAUCUCAGAUUGAAGAGUGUUUGAUGAAGGGGAGGGAAAAGUCGGAGUGUGCUAACUACAUCAAGGUCCUGCAACAGUACAACCAGACCCAUUUGCUGGUCUGUGGAACAGGAGCCUUUAACCCCAUUUGUGUCCUGGUCAGAGUGGGACAGACUGGGCAGGACAGGCUGUUUGCUGUUGAGGAUGACAGUAUCAUGAGUGGCAGAGGACGCUGUCCUUAUGACCCCAACAGUCCCUGCACGUCUACACUCUGCAGAGGGGAGUUGUAUGUUGGCCUGUACACUGACUACUGGGAGAACGAUGGUGCUUUCUGUAGACUUAACAACCAGACCUACACACGCACUGAAAGAGACGACAGGCAGCAACUCAACGAACCUAAAUUUGUGGGCUCAGCAGUUAUUCCUGACACUGAUGACAGGGAUGAUGAUAAAGUUUACUUCUUCUUCACUGAGCGAGAGAUGGAUGCUGAGGGAGUGAACAAGGCUGUGUAUACUCGUGUCGGGCGAGUCUGUGCGAAUGACCAAGGAGGACAGAGAAUGCUGGUGAAUAGAUGGAGCUCCUUCCUGAAAACUCGUCUUAUUUGCUCUGUGGCUGGACCAAACGGCAUUGAUACACACUUUGAUGAACUUGAGGAUGUGUUUGUGCUCAAGAACAAGGAUGGGAAGAACCCAGAAAUCUUUGGCCUCUUUAGCACAACAAGUGCGGUGUUUAAAGGCUAUGCAGUGUGUGUCUAUCACAUGGAUGAUAUAAGAGCAGCCUUUAACGGUCCAUUUGCCUACCGAGAGAGACCCGAGCAUCACUGGACACCUUACGAGGACAGAGUCCCCUAUCCUCGACCUGGAUCUUGUGCCAGUAAAGUGAACGGCGGUGGCUUCUCCAGCUCUAAGGAGUUUCCUGAUGAGGUCUUGCGGUUUGUGCGUUCUCAUCCUGUAAUGUAUCGUCCAGUCCUCCCCCAGCACCGAAAACCUGUCCUGCUGCAGACAGAGCCAGGCAGGAGAAAGCUGACCCAGAUCGCUGUGGACAGAGUCCAAGCCCAGGAUGGACACUACCACGUUCUCUACAUCGGCACUGAUGACUCAGUGGUGUUGAAAGUUAUCACCAUCUACAACAAAGAGACAGACACUAUGGAGGAGGUGCUGCUGGAAGAGCUGCAAGUAUUCAAGGUGCCAGUAUCAAUAAGAGAGAUCAUAAUAUCACCCAAAAGGCAACAGCUAUAUGUUGGGUCAGAGGUGGGUGUGGCCCAGGUCAGACUGCAUCAGUGUGACCUCUAUGGCUCAGAAUGUGCUGAUUGUUGUCUGGCCAGAGACCCCUACUGUGCCUGGGAUGGUCUCACCUGCUCCAGAUACUACCCUGCUGGAGUCUACACCAAAAGCAGACGAUUCAGGCGGCAGGAUGUUCGCCAUGGCAACGCCGUCCAGCUGUGCAAUGGGCUGCAAAUUGAUGAUGAACAAUGGCCCAGAGGUGAGGAGAGGUUUGUUUACGGUGUGGAGAGCAACAGCACUUUACUCGAAUGUGUCCCUCGGUCACUACAAGCCAAAGUCCUCUGGUUCCUACAGAAAGAUGGAGAGAAACAGGAGGUUCGAGGUGACGAACGGGUUGUCAUAACCUCCCACGGGCUGCUGUUUCUACGAGUGAGAAGCUCCGAUGCUGGUGUGUACGUGUGCCAGACUGUGGAACAUUCAUAUGUGCACACAUUAUUACGUAUCUCUCUGCACAUACUCAGAGGAGAGAGGGUGGAGUCAGCGAUCCACAGGGCCAAUGAUGGAGAUGGAGAGAAAGCUCCAGCUCCAUGCCAUUCAUCCAUGGGACCCCCAACAGGCCCCAGCAUCAGCCCCAGGGCUCUGGUACCAUCCUCAGUCCCAGGACCCCACUCCAGGCUGUGGUACAAGGAGUUUCUCCAGCUGAUUGGCUACGGGGAUGCCCAGAGAGUAGAGGAGUACUGUGAGAGAGUGUGGUGCUCUGACAAAAAGCGUAAAAAGACUAAAAAGAAGUAUGUUCCUCCGGGUGGCGAGAAGAGAGGAAAAGGGAGAGGAGAGGAGAACUCCCACCGAGCACCCAGGCACACCUUGGACACCUGAGGAGAGCAGAGAUUGACUGCAUGCACACACACACACUCACACACACACAAACACACACACACAGCCAAAAGGUCAGACUCACUCAGUGUUUGCACCAUGUAAAAGGUUUUCACUUUGUUGCUAACAACAGAAAAACAACAGUAGCUGUUGUAGCUACAUUUAUCACUCAGUAAUUUGACUGUGAGGUUUAAAAGAAAGCAGAAAUUUGUCUUUUUUGUGUAUGUGGUGUUAACUGAUUAUGUGGUGCAGACCUUUAAUACUAGAAACAUCAGUGUCAGAUCAGAGCAGAGGCCCUGGGAGGAGAUGGACAACUGAUUCAGCGACGUUGCCUCUGAUCUGAAGAGACAGAAUAUUAUAUAUCAGCUCCUGUGGACUGACCCAGCCCAACCCAGCUGUCAACCCAAACGCACACAGACUGCUACACUAAAACUCUGCACCUCCUCAUUCAAUGGCUCAAUAUAACAAACUUACUGUAUCUAUAUGAGAGAAACAUUGUUAAAGGUUAUGGCCUUUUAAUCUUUUUUGGUACUAUGAUAACUUAUUUUCUUGGUCUCUACUAUUAGUUGUGUAGUUGUUUUUAGAUGUCAUAAACUGGAAAAUAUAGUGUUGUUGUUUUUGUACAGUGAAAAAUAUCUUGAGCUUUAUGAUACUGCUAAUUUGAUUAUCAUGUGUUCUUAGCUGUAGUGUGUGUGGUUAUAUUGGCCACUAUGCAUACAGUAAGAUGUUGCAAUGCCACUAUUAUGGAUACUUGAGGCAUGUUUUAAUUAUGAUUAUGCCCUCAAUGGAAAAGAUUACUAUUUAAGCACUUGUGAAAACUGUUACAGUUGAUGAAAAGUCAUAAUAUCAGUGGAUAUUAUUGUUAUUGUAAGUGUCUACAUUUACAUCUACAAUUGUGAUCAAAUGUACCAACAGUAUUGUGUGUAUUGUAUAUUGUAUUUAUCUAAAAUUCAGGAUGGUCUUUGUGUGCACAUCUGGUAACUAUAACUGUGUAUUCAAAAAGUCAUCCUUUUCUGCUGGCUGUUGCCUCGUCUUUCCCUCCCUCCCUUGCUCUCUCUUUCUUUCUUUCUUCUCUCUCUAACAAUCCUUCCUCCCCCUUCAUUUCCUUUUAUUCCUCUGUAACAAUGUUGCAGAUGGGAUUCAUAAUUGCCACCACAAAACAGCAACGCAGAACACCACAUUUCCCUCAGACUAAAAAAAAAGAAAAUUUAGGGUGACCAUCCAAACAUGCCAUUAGCAAAACUGAUGAGUCAGCCUCAUGAAUAUUCAGUGAAUCCUGAGAUGACAGAAACAGCAAACAAUCUGUUGUUGCGGUAAAAUGCAUUGUAAAAUAGUCUGGAGUUUUUUUUUCCAUGUUGUGCCUUAUUUAUCUCUUAAUUUUGUCACUUUAGAGUUUUGACCUUGUUGUAUUCAUAAUGGGGUAAAAACAAUUGCUUGGUCUCUAUCAAGGCCUUAUAUUGUCACUCAUCAUUCUCCCUUAAUAUUCUUUACCAAGAGCUUUGACUUAGAUUGAAAAUGAUGUGUCUGCUAUACCCCUUAUAAAUACCUGCCAUUAAAAAAAAUGGACCAUC